CAGUCUAGUGCCUUUAUUGGACAUGCUAUCGUUGGCAUGAGUAUAAAUUAUUUCUUUACGAUUGUAGUAUAUUACUAUAUAAUUAGUGUGUGUCACAGUGAACUAGAAGAACGGCAUGAUUAUGACACUGCGUCUGCAAACUCAUAUACUGUGUUGGCAGUGUUGCAGAAUGCAGAAUUGCCUAUUACACUGACAAGUGGCUUACCAAUGCGGCUUUCAAUAGCUCCAUUAACCACUGGGAUUAAACUUGAGCUACGCAAUGACACCAGGAAUGUCACACAAGAAGGCAGUCCAGGAUUUGUUAUUUUUCAAGUGCACAGUCAAGUGCAUGCGCUAACACUAUCACUUACGCCACAGUAUGAGUACGAGUCUUCUGUGAAUACAACUGCUGCAGGAGUUGUGUAUGUUUACAAAAUUCUCUCUGAGCAUCCUACUGCAUAUCUCAACAACACUCACAAUACCAGCGUACAAGUGUUGAUUAUUGCGACUUCUUACACCGAUCGGGAUCCCAUCCCUGGUGGCUGCAGUCUGGAAUUUGCUCAGGAGCAGGCACCGUAUUGCAAGCUGCAUGAGCACUACAGCAUCGCAGCCACAUUGAACUUUCAGUUUGCACAGCAGAUAUCAGCGAGGGGCAGCCCUGUAUCCUGUGAGACAAGCUAUCAGCUAAACAGUGUUGAAUACGAUGUCUACAUGUACUUUUUGAAGCAUAACGAUUUUAGUGAAGAUGAGUAUUUCGCCUCCAUAGAGAAGUUAUUAACCGUGAACUCUAUACAGGAAACUGCCAGGAAGGUGCAUACGCUAGAUUCCAAGGAGAAGACGAGCGUGGGGUUUGGCUUGUACCGUGGCCAGGGUGCGAUGUAUGCCGUCAUAGCGAGAGACAGAGAGACACUGAGGGCAGUACCAUACGUGCCCAUCGGUGGUUACGGCUGCAAGCUUUCCGAGCCUGCACAUACCUGUGAUGGCUACAACGUCAUCGUGAUCGCGGUGCUGCUGGCAGUGAUCGGCGGCAUGCUGUGGCUGCUGCUGUGGGUGUGGCUGUGCAUACCAGUCGUCUCGAUCCUACUCACCGGUCUCGUGUUGGGCUAUGUCUGUUCCUCUCUGCUCUUCUUCGUUGCCUUCGGUGGACUGGACUUUUUUCGUAAUGGUCUCAAUUACGCAAUGGUGUUUCUGUCCAUCGUGCUCCUGGUGCCGUGUCUUCUGCUGCCUUUUAGCAACCUGGUGAGCCUUGUUUCGACGGCCGUGGUUGGCUCUUACGCGUUUGUCGUAGCGAUCGAUCAGUUCACGCGGGGCAGUAUGACGUACGUCGUUCUCAACUCCGUGCGCCAUGGCUACUCUGAAUUCAGUGAGGCGUUUGUUUUGGUGCCUUUCCAGACAAAUGAGGUGGUGCUGACAGUCGUGUGGAUGGUGCUAGCGGUGCUGGGGAUAGCGCUUCAACUGCGCAGGGAAAGGCAGCGGGCUCCGUUCCCACCACCGCCCAGCUUAACGUGGAUGCAGUACGUUCGCAGACCCGGAUCUUCCAUCGCCAUCGACGACAGCAGCUCUGAGACAUCACAGGACGACGAUAGGGAACCCUUGAUUCAGGCCAGGCUACCUGUGCUGAUGUACGGAGCGACGCUGGACGCAGUCACGGGAGACAGGCCUCACCACGUAGACAGGAGGCAAACACUGUAGUCGCCAUGGCAACCGUUCAUAAGCUGCAUCUCCAGCGCGUGGGUGAUUGUGCGGCACUAGUCCGCCAGGCCUCGUAUGGUUUCUAGUGAACAUACGUGUGCUAGGUAAUGCUGGAGUGGCCUGUCCCAGUAUUAUUUACGUGCAUGAAUUUCGGAAAGAACAUUCAACGACUAACUGCCGAUUGUAAAUCCAUCGUCGAGAACUUCUCACUAAAACAGCGGAUACAAAGAAAUGCUAGUACAAGGAAUACGGGAAAAAGUUGACUGUGAUAAUAUUAAAUGUGGUUAGAGGUGAUAGUUGGCAUGUGAUAAGCAGUUUUUUUACACAGUGAUCCGUAAUAGAUAAAUGUCUGUGUGACUUGACUUGAAGCAGAAUGAUUACUUAUAUUAAAUUUUCUUCUAUUUUAAUUAUAAGUGUGUACGAUGGCGUGCCGAGAGGCCGCACGAUUAUUGUACGUUGUUAGAAAUAAAAAAAUAACGUUGUUC